GUUACACGGUCAGCGCAGGAGAAUUUUGUGUGAUGGCGAAUGUCGUGAGACCGGAGAAUAUAUCCCCAGCAAAUGAGGUCGGUAUCGGCAUGGUACAGAAUACCUCUGGAAUUACAUGUCCAUGUCCUGCAGGACAUUGCCCGCAACAUGACACGGUUGUGAUGGCAACCAAUUCUUCUUGAUCCCAUUGUCUAUUACCCUGGAAUGAUUUUCAGGCUUCGUUGGAUUCCGUCUGCACGUCAUGUGUCGACGGGACUAUUUAUUUUACUGUUCCCUUCUUACAGAGGUAUUAAUAUUUGCAUAACUGGAUCGGGAACGACACAAUGCGCUUUUUAUCAAAAAUACAGAAACACAACCCGGGAUGGGUGGUCGGGCGUUAUGCCAUACAUAGAGGGAGACUAUUCGCAGCAUAUGAGUUAUUUUCUAGGGGCGGGUGACAUGGGUGAUCUCACACGGGUCAAGGAAAAGUAAUUUGCAUGAUAUUAGACACCUACUAUAGAAUAGUAGAAUACUAUGAAAUUGUACA